UGGCGGCAUGGCCUCCUCUCUGAGUCAUGACACUGUCGCCUUUCCUCUCCAUCUCGAGGAGGCCAUCCAAACCGUGAGCGGAGAGAGAUCGAUCGAUCGAUGAAGCGGAAGCGGCCGGCGCGGCGUGGUGGUACUGGUACUGAUCAUGAGGAGGCCGCGGCAGCGGCGGCGGCGCCGCCGCUGAAGCGGGGGCCGUGGACGCCCGAGGAGGACGAGGUGCUGGCGCGGUUCGUGGCGCGGGAGGGGUGCGAGAGGUGGCGCACGCUGCCGCGGCGCGCCGGGCUGCUGCGCUGCGGCAAGAGCUGCCGCCUCCGGUGGAUGAACUACCUCCGGCCCGACAUCAAGCGCAGCCCCAUCACCGGCGACGAGGAGGACCUCAUCCUCCGCCUCCACCGCCUCCUCGGCAACCGGUGGUCGCUGAUCGCCGGGAGGCUGCCGGGGCGCACGGACAACGAGAUCAAGAACUACUGGAACACGCACCUUAGCAGGAAGCUCAUCGCGCAGGGCAUCGACCCGCGGACGCACAAGCCGCUGACAGCACCCGCCGCCGUCACUCCUCCCAAGACGGCGGUGCCGGCCAAGCCGCCGCCAGCGCGACCAUCCUCGCCGGCGCCCGCUGGCAUCGGGUGCGGCGACGACGGUCGUGCCCGACCGGCCGACGUUGGCGGCGACUUUGCAGCGAUGGUGAGUGCCGCCGAUGCUGCUGAGGGCUUCAGAGGAUUUGGCGAUCAGCUCCGUGGCGAGGAUGCAGCUCGUGGUGGCUUCGACGACAUGGGUUCCGCUUCCGCCAUGGCGGGUGACGACGAGUUCACCUCGUUUCUGAAUUCUUUGAUCAACGACGAGCAGUUCCUCGAUUGCUUUGUCAUCGAGGGUAAUGAUCACGAGCAUGGCAAUGGUGAGAUUGGCCAGGGAAACGCUGCAGAAUAAUCAAAACAGUAAUCCUUCGAUCGUUUGGAAUGUUUUAUCAUAUCCACCAUCAAUUGAUCAGAGAUCAGUGAAUAAAAUUGAUCAUGAGCAAACAUGUAAGAAGAGCUUCUCUAUGCCGAGUGCUGAGUCAUGACGCAUGAUGUGUAUAAGAUGGAAGAACACGUAAGUGCGAUUUAAUGCCUGAACCUACUAUUGAUGUGUGCGUUAUUUGGGUGAUCAAUUUGAGCAUUUGCAGCUCACAAUCCUGCAGGUUUGUCUGUCUAUAUAUGCGCGUAUCCACAGCUCCUUUUUUUUUUUUUGGUUAUUAUUCUGUUUGCAGUUUGCCAUA